UAUGUCGCUCUUUAGAAGAAAUUCUCAUAAAUGAAUAUGUGGGAUCCGGGCCUUAGAAGAAUAGCAACCGUAGAAGAUUAUGUAGAUUUGUUCCAUGUUCAAAUGGUGUUGAUGUUCGAAUGGGCAGAGAAGCUACCUGAGUUUUGCCUUCUUCUGGAUCCUAUGGAUAAGGCAAGACUUUUGCGAGCAUUCUCACUUCAUUAUCUACUGCUGGAUAAUUUAUUCCAUACUAUGGAACUUGGAUUCGAGGACAGGAUAGUGUUCGUGAACAACAACUACGUGAAACCACUCGAAAGUUGUGAAGAAAAUAAAGGGCUGGUAACAGAAGGAGCCGCAGGAUUAAUGUAA